AUGUCCGAAUUGACCUUGCCGCCUCCCUCAGUGCUCACAGAGCGACUCCACCACUCAAAAGUGGUUUUGGUCACAGGUGCUGCUUCAGGGAUUGGAUUUGCAGCCGCCCAGCUCUUCGCACAGCACGGCGCCAAAGUCAUUCUGGUCGACUUGGCCUCAAGCCGAUUAGAGGCAGCCGCGGAGGAAGUUGGCCAUGGCUGCGACUUUCGAGCGUGCGACGUCACCAAAUGGGACCAGCAGGUUGCCUUGUUCGACUGGGUAAAGCACACGUAUGGACCUCCAGAAAUAGUUUGUCUCAAUGCUGGCAUCGACCCAGAGCUUGCCACAUCGGAAAACCCCUCAGCAAAAGAGAAAGUGAUAUCCAACUAUCUUGCAUCUGAGUCCGAACCACGAGAAGGUGCCAGUGAAGGCAACUCCCGAUUGAAACAACCACCGACGACCGUCUUGGACGUCAACUUUUAUGGGGUGCUGUAUGGAAUCAAAUUGGCCGUGCACCACUUCUCGGCAGGAAAAGGAGGUAGAAUCGUGAUAACCGGCUCAGCGGCAUCCCACAUGCCGGUCGUGUAUCAGGACGUUUAUGUAGCAUCUAAACAUGCUCUUAUCGGACUGAUGCGGAGCACAUCUCAACGGCAAGAGCUCAAAGACAAGAACAUCGCCAUCUCAAUGGUUGCGCCAUGGCUCACGCACACCGGCUUGACUGCCAACUUGCCGCCCGAGGUGCUCAAUGCCUUCUCAACCGAGUCUAGCCAGCCAGUGGACGUUGCCAGGGGAAUCGCAUACCUCGCAACUGCAGAGAAAGCUGAGGACGUCAAUGGGAGAUGUCUGUGGAUCAGAGGCAAGAGAUGCAUUGAAGUUGAAAGCGCCUACGGGCAAUGGCUAGGAAAUUUGAUUGCGAGUACAUAG